AUGUUUUUGCUUGUUUGUGUGGAGUUUUUGCUCAAUCUUACAUCGUUUUCCAUGACCAUCGAUUUCUUUUCGGUUCUCGGCUGGGCUAUGCUCGGCAGUAAGGUUGUCGGGAUAUGCUGCCGAGUUGCGGGUGCCUCGCAAGCGCUUUUGGCGCAAAGAUCCUCGCACACCAUCUGGUAUCCGGAUGCGAAUGCUGGUGGAAUGGGGAAACUAUGGAUGAGCGAAAAGUAUGAUGAGUAUGAUAAAGCAAUUGGUCUGGAUAAGUUGGAAAAGCUCGCUUAUGAGAUGCCAGUGUUCUCUGAUUCGUAUGAGGGCAAACAUCGUGAAAAACAGCUUGAGAACAUGAUCUUGAACUUUGGUCCACAACACCCAGCAGCUCACGGCGUCGUUAUUAAAGCAAUUCCUCACAUUGGUCUGCUACAUCGAGGAACGGAGAAAUUGAUCGAAUAUAAAACAUAUACUCAGGCCCUUCCAUAUUUUGAUCGGCUCGACUACGUCUCGAUGAUGUGCAAUGAACAAGGCUUCGCGCUUGCCGUUGAGAAGUUGUUGGGUAUUGAUAUUCCACCUCGUGCAAAGUACAUUCGAACGAUGUUCGCUGAACUCACCAGACUUCAAAAUCAUAUCAUGGGGAUCACUACGCAUGCUCUUGAUGUUGGUGCGAUGACGCCGUUUUUCUGGAUGUUCGAAGAAAGAGAGAAGUUGUUCGAGUUUUCUGAAAGAGUCUCGGGUGCACGAAUGCAUGUGAACUACUUCCGUCCAGGAGGUGUAGCAUGGGAUCUUCCACUUGGGCUGAUGGAUGACAUAUACGACUGGGCAAUAAAAUUUCCUGAGAGAAUCGAUGAAUUGGAAGAUAUGCUCACCGAAAAUAGAAUCUGGAAAGCAAGAACUAUCGAUAUCGGUAUUGUUUCUGCUGCGGAUGCAUUGAAUUGGGGCUUCAGUGGCGUGAUGGUGCGAGCAUCAGGAAUCAAACAGGAUGUUCGUAAGACUCAGCCAUACGAAGUCUAUGAUCAGAUGGAAUUUGAUGACUCCAUGGAGUCGUUGAUUCAUCAUUUCAAAUUUUACACCGAAGGCUUCCAAGUUCCACCUGGAGCGACGUAUGUUCCAAUCGAAGCACCAAAAGGGGAAUUUGGCGUGUAUCUUGUUGCUGACGGCACUAGCAAGCCUUACAGAUGCUACAUCCGCGCUCCCGGAUUCGCACAUCUAGCUGCUAUGCACGAUAUCUGCUACAUGUCAUUGAUUGCUGACGUUGUUGCUGUUAUUGGAACUCUGGAUAUUGUAUUUGGUGAAGUGGAUCGAUAG